UCUCAAUCGACAAUAGCACCAACAUCUGCUGACAGACCUAACUCAAGAUGAAGUUUCUGGUGAUAACGGCGCUUUUAGUCGCCGUUUCAUCUGGUCGCCUCAGCAGUGACAACCAGCAAUCUGAACAAACACAGCAAUGGCCGUGGCAAGUAGGCAAGGUGUACCGCUACGAUGUGGAGUCCCAUACCCUCGCGCGGCUGCAUGAGGGCGCCAGCUCAGGCAGCGCUUUCAGGGCCAGGCUCAUUGUACGUGUCAAGGCACCCGGACAACUGCAGGCUAGACUCGAAAACCCACAAUAUGCCCAGGUCAAUCAGGAGCUUAGGUCGGAUGGUCAACUGCCUGAAGACCUUAAGUACCAGCCUGCGCAAAAUCUCGAUAAACCUUUCGAGAUCAACCUUGUGGGCGGUCGCGUUCAGUCGCUCAAUUUGCCCGCAUCGGUACCGCUAGCUCAAGAGAACUUGCUCAAGGGUCUCAUCGGCGCUCUGCAAGUGGACCUCUCGACGCACAGAAACGUGCGCAGCCCUCACGACACCUACGAUAAAGAAAUCCAACAGGGCCACUUCAGAAAAAUGGAAACCGAUGUCACUGGCGAUUGUCAAACCUUGUAUACGGUGUCCCCUGUCGCAUCCGAGUGGCGUCGUGAACUUCCCAAAUUCGCCGAAGAAGGUGAACCGAUUGAAAUCACCAAGAGCAAGAACUAUGGUCACUGUCAUCACCGCGUCGAUUACCACUUCGGUGUGCCCGAAGGUGCCGAAUGGGCCGGUACCGCUCACAGGACCGGUGAAGACCAGCUAAUCAAACGCGCCACCGUAUCCCGCAUUCUCGCAGGCAAACAAGGUCCUAUCUACAAAGCGGAAACUACCAGUACUGUCCACGUGCAUCCCCACUUACACGGUAAACAGAAGGCCGAAGUACACAGUCACGUGAAAGUAACAUUAGACUCGCAACAACAGGACAAUGAACCCGAGUGGGAGAAACCGGAAGGUAGCCGACCGAUUCAAAAUCUCUUGUAUUCCCUUACGCCCAAGCAGGUGAACAUUGAAGACAGCUCCUCGUCAUCAUCAUCCUCAUCCUCAGAGUCUCACGAGCGUCGUGAUCAACAGGAAUAUCAGCAGGAAUCUCCUAAAAACAGGCAACGCCGUUCUUCUGGUCCCAAAAAGAUCGUGACUGUUAACAGGGUCGUUAUUAAGAAGCGCAGUAAUGAUCGUUCUAGCUCAUCAGAUUCUUCAAGCUCUAGCCAGUCGAAUUCUGCGUACAUCAACGAUGAUGUACCAAGGAACAACGAACCAGCAUACGCUGCACUUUACUUGAACCCUCAACCGCAUGGCGACAAGAAACAGAACCCAAUGAACGCCCAGAAAUUGGUUCAGGAAAUCGCCCAGCAAUUACAGAAUCCCAACAAUAUGCCUAAAGGUGAUUUCCUUUCCAAAUUCAAUAUUUUGGUACGUGUUAUUGCAUCUAUGAGCUCAGGACAACUGAGCCAGACCAGUCGCAGUAUCGAAAUCGCGAAGUCUUCAAACAACAACGUUAAAUCUGAUAUGUGGAUGAUCUACCGCGAUGCAGUCACACAAGCCGGCACCUUACCCGCAUUCCAACAGAUCAAAACCUGGAUCCAGACGAAGAAAAUUCAAGGAGAAGAAGCCGCAGAAGUAACAGCAUCUCUGCCAAACACUCUUCGAUACCCGACAAAGGAACUGAUGGCCCAAUUCUUUGAACUCGCUAUGAACGACGAUGUUCGUCAACAGAGAUACCUUAACAACAGUGCUUUGAUUGCCGCUACCAAGUUCAUCAACAUGGGCCAAGUUAACAACAGAACCGCUCAUUCCUACUACCCAACUCACAUGUACGGUCGUCUAUCAAGUAAAGAUGAUGACUUCGUCCUUAAGCAAGUUCUUCCACGUCUACAACAGGAGUUAUCGCAAGCGGUAGAAAACGAAGAUCGUCACAAGCAACAGGUUUACAUUAAAGCAAUUGGAAAUUUGGGACACAGAGCUAUCCUGGACGUGUUCGCACCAUACCUUGAGGGCCAAAUCAAAGUAUCGAAUUAUAUUCGCACUCAAAUGGUCCAUCAUUUACAAACUCUGGCGAAACAAGGAGACAAUCAUGCACGCGCUGUGUUGUACAGUAUACUGAAAAACACUGCUGAACAUUACGAAGUGCGAGUUGCUGCUAUUAGAAACAUCUUCAUGGGACGUCCUAAUAGUCCUAUGAUGCAAUCAAUGGCUGAGAUGACUCAUCAUGAUCCUAGCAUUCAGGUUCGCGCCGCAUUGAAGUCAACUAUUGAAUCAGCAGCUGCGUUGAAGAAUCCACGAUACUUCGAACUUGCCCGGACCGCACAAGCUGCCAAGGAUAUGCUUACCAAGGAAGAAUUCGGCAAACAGGAUUCUGCUAAGUACUUUGACGAGAAUCAUGAUGAGGACAGCGAAAAUACAAUCUUGAGUGUCAUCUCCCAAAUUGGUAGCCGAGACAAUCUUUUGCCUAAGCAAUUCAACUACGUCUUGAAGAACAAAGCUGGAGGCUGGGACAAACCAGAAUCAAUUUCGGCGUCUGUGUCGAGCGUUCAGAAGGUUAUGGAUUACUUAAAAGAGCAACUUCUCGGUAACAAUGGAAAGGACAACAAUGAUGAUGUUAACCAUAAAUAUUCUGCCAAGAAGGUCGCUCAGAUGCUGAACAUCAAGCGCAACAAUGAUGAACCCUUAGGCGCAUCGUUCCAGGUCAACUUCAUGAACCAGGAAAGAUUCUUCGCGUUCGAUGAAGGCGAUUUGCAAAUGUUAGCCCAAAGCAUUAAGCAAUACGCUCAGGAAUUCGAAAAGGGAGUCGACAAACACUACACGAAGGUCUUUAACCAGGACCAAAUUUCUGUUAUGUUCCCAGUAGCCACUGGUAUGCCUUUCAUUUACAAAUACAAGGAACCGACUGUCGUUCACAUCAUGAGUAAGGCAAAGGGACAAUACGAAAUGAAAUCGCCGAAAGAGUACUCUGGCUCGAUUGAUAAGAAUAUUCAUUUCACGUACGCCAAGAAUAUUGAUGGUAGCGUUGGCUUUUUGGACACAUUGUCGAACCAACACUCUAGUGCAGGAGUUGUUAACAAAUUCCAACUGUACAUCCCAAUUAAAAUGCAAGUAGAGGUAAAGACUGGAGAAGUUCAAGUGUCUGUUUCUUCGCUCGAACCGGAACAGGAUCACACCAUCUUGCAUUACAGCUCUUGGCCGUACACCGCUAGCCAGAAGAAGGAUACCCUUACGCCAAUAUCUCAAGACCCAACUACUAAAUUGGUUGCACGCAACAACAAGGUAGUUGCACUCGAUACCAAAUUCGGUCAACAAGUCGGUGUACCGUUCCAACUCCAAGGAUACUCGUAUUCUAACGAUUACAAGAGCAUAAGAAACAAAUUUGAUUGGGAUCAUCCAGUGGCCAGCAUUGCAUCUGCCAUUUACCAGAAAGACAUCGCUCAGACCCAUUUCAACCUUAAGCACCUUGGAAAACAAUCUAAAAACAAGGACAUAAAGUUAACGUUUGCAUACGAUGCGUACUACAACCAAAAGCAAGAUGGCCAGUACAACCCUACUGCUUCUGAUGUUAAAGACGUAUCACCGAACAGCGAAGAACGUCGCAAGGAGCUCGUGAAGAGAGCAGUUACUGGUAUCAACACGGCGAAAGCACAGGUGGUUGACUUCAGUGUAACAUUCGACGGUGCACAGAAAGUGGAAUACGUAGCCACAGCCGCUAUCGGUGACAGUCAUGUUGAUAACAAGAUCCAAUAUGCUAUAUUUGCUGGCAAGAACUCACCCCAAGGCAACAGCCAAAUCAACGGCGUAGGUAAACAUAACAAGCCUGAACCUACAACUUUCAACUACCAAGAGGCUCUGAAGAAAGACCUGAAGAUGCCAUUCGAUUUCGACAUCCGCUAUGGACCCAGUGGAAAUAUACAUAUCAACGGACAGGCUGAGCGCAGCAAGAAAUACGAAGACGAACUUAAGAACCAUCCCCUCGCCAAACAAUGCGACCAGGAGAUCGCUCAAGGCAACCAAUACCAACGCGCUUGUUACCAAAUGAUCGUCAGAUCUCAAGCUCCUGACAGCCUGAGGGCUACAGUUACCUACAAAGAUGUAAGUCCGGCCGUCAAAAACUUAGCUUUCCAAGCCUACAAAAUCGCCGAAAGCCUGGGCUACUGGCAAACAGAAGUAAAUCCAUUCAAGACGUUGCCAGAGGGAAGACUGGAAUUUAGCGCUGAGGCAUCGUACUUAACCAACUCCUUGCAUUUGGCUUUGAACUCCAGAUACGGUGAAGUGCAAGUCAGGAACAUGUAUAUUCCUGAUGUAGCUGCCAGCGCAGCAUCAGCUUACAGGCCAUUCAGCACUUAUGAACGUGUUUCCAACCAUUACAGCCGCCAGCAAUAUCAACCUUACUGCUCUGUUGAUGGUACGAGAGUGAAGACAUUCAGCGGUCGUAGCUACGAGUACCCAUUGACCAAAUCCUGGCACGUUGUCAUGCAACAGGAUGCCGAAUACCCCGGCCAGUCGAAGGAACAGUUCGCCAUCUUAGCAAGGAAGCCUAACAGCAAUGAGAAACAGCAGGAGCUGUACAUAUCGUACAAAUCCGAAUAUGGAAAACAAUUGGAAAUUGAAAUCCAGCCAACUGAAAGUUCCAAGCAACAGAAGGUGAAAGUAACAACCGACGCGAAGAAGGUUUCCGAAGGCGACUUAACAAUGUAUUGGGAUGAUGAGGAAGAAAGGCCCAUUCUGCAGUACCAUACCGAAUCUGAUGGAACUCUUAUGUUGAACAUCCGCGAAGAACGUCUUCGUAUCAUGUACGAUGGAUACAGAUCUGUUGUACUUAACCGUGAAAGCCGUAACAGCUCAAGAGGCAUUUGUGGACAAAUGAGCGGUGACAAACGCGACGACUACUUAACACCCAAUGGACUUGUCGACAGGCCCGAGCACUACGGCGCUUCUUACGCUUUGGAUGACGAAAACAGCGAUCCUAAAACCAAACAGCUGAAGGAACAAGCCAAAGAGAAGGCAUACGAGCCAGAAAACCACUACACAACUAUACUCCGAUCGGAUCAAGAGUGGAAGAACGCAAUGCAUUCCUCGUCUUCCGAAGAGGAUUGGGGAUCACAGAACGUGUACAGAUCGAGGAGUUAUUCGAAGCAACCUGGACCGUGCAAAGUUCAGCAGCAAGUCCAAUACUACGAGAACCACGGAGAAAUCUGUAUCACAACCAAACCAUUAAACGCUUGCCAGUCAUCUUGUCGCGGUGAUGGUUACAAGGUCCAGGCGGCUCAAGUGGUGUGCAGACCGAAAUUCGAUCAGCAAUUCCGCGCAUACAGAGACCAGAUCAAACAGGGCGAAAACCCACAGGUGAACGGUGUACCACAGAACAAACAAUUCAGAGUACCCAGUUCUUGCCAAGCGUAAAACAUACGAUUAACUUGACCAGGCAUGAUAACGGACCGA